GAUCCGCAACCACCAGAACCAUGGUCCAGCGACAGAGACGCUUCGUCUAACGGAAACGUCUGUCUUCAGAUGGUAACGAACAUUGUCAUAGGCGAAGAAGACUGUCUCUAUUUGAACGUGUAUACCAACGAUGUAAUAUCUCCAAAGAAAAGUGCUGUGAGAUGGAUACAUGGUGGAGGCUUUUUUGUGGGAGACGGUACCUUUGUAUACGGUCCCGAUUAUAUCAUGCGGAAGGAUGUGGUACUCGUCACCCUGAAUUACAGAUUAGGGUUUUUAGGUUUUCUCAAUUUUUAUAAGGAAAUGGCGACAGGAAAUCAGGUAAAAGAUGUAGUUAUGGCGUUAAGAUGGGUUAAAAGAAAUAUAUUGCAAUUCGGUGGAGAUCCCGAUAACGUCACAAUUUUUGGUCAAAAUGCGGGUGGAGUGAUGGUUCAUUAUCUAACUAUUUCACCGUUAGCUAAAGGUUUAUUUCAUAAAGCAAUAUGUCAAAGUGGUGUCAUGACAGUUCCUUGGGCUUUCACUGAACAAGACGAUGCUAUCAAUAACGGUCUGAUGUUAGCCCAGAAGCUUGGUAAUGCGACUUUUGAUCCGGAAGACGCUUGA